CAUGCUUCAUCCUAUCUUCGUUUUAUGACUUUCCUGAACCCUCUCUAUCCUUUUUCCAUAUCCCGUUGUUCUUCUAUCGUCGUUGCUCGGGCUUUUGCCUCCUUUGUUUGGACUUCCUGCCGUUGUUUUUGGUCCCCUCUCUCAAUGAGUCCGUGUUCUAUUCCGAAUCGACGGCCCUUGGAUUGGUCAUAAUUGACAUCUCCGUUAGCACAAGGGCUUAUUUCGAGUCGCACCUUGAGCUUUCGGACUCCCUUGUUUCAUUAAUAAAUCAGCACUGUUUCUAGUUUUGUCCCCGUGGACUGCCAAUAACUAUGCGACCUCCACGGCUUCUCAUUAUUGUCUUCUGUCUCCUCUUCUUUCCCAUCCUCCUGACCUUCUUUUCUGCUCUUACAUCAUCUCCCCGCGUCUCUACCCCUAGUUCGUUUGCUGGCCGAGCGACAGGUCUACAUGCUCUUUUCUCCUUCAAUAUCCCCUCCUCGCUUUUCCCGCCAUCUGCUAUCAUCAGUCUUACCGACGAUAACUCCACUUUCUUCCUCGCCAGACCUGCAGCGUUUGGCCCGUUGCUCCCCGAUAAAAGCCUUAGCGGUCAACUAUGGGUUGGUAGUGGGUUUGGAGAAAGGACGUCUGAAGGGGCGAUAGGGGAGCUAGGUUGCUCAGAUAUUCCGGGGUGGGGAGAAGGAGAUUCUCACAAGCCGGUGGAGAGUCAUACUGGGAAGCCGGGCUCUGGCGACAAGGAGACUACCGCAAGCCCGCAGAAUCGCCAUCUCGAUUUAUUACAGGGCUCGGAUACCCAAUAUGAUGCGCUUACGGGGCCCACCCUUCCGUCCACAAACGACGGCACAGAUGACCAUCUUCACCACCCUCUCCCCGAGUCUGCUAUAGUUGACUCGAGCGCCUCUGAAAAAUACAGGGAUUCGAACAGGCCAGGUACACACGCGGAUAUCCAGUCUUUACAAGAGAGCGCUGAGAUUAGUGGGAAAGUCGUCCUGUUGAGCAGAGGUGGCUGUGGCUUCCUGGAAAAGGUCAAGUGGGCUCAACGACGCGGAGGGAUUGCAGUAAUUGUAGGGGAUGACACUCGAGGAGGUAGCCUAGUCACAAUGUAUGCGCGGGGCGAUACUUCUAACGUGACAAUCCCGGCCCUGUUUACGUCGUACACCACCGCUCACUUGCUAUCGUCGCUUAUUCCCCAGCAGGCUCGGGAGGAAGCUAGCGGGACGGAUGGGUCAGAGACACCUUACACCAAGGUGUCUAGUGUUGGAAAAGAACCCGCAGCGGUACCUUCUGCUGUUCCAUCCCCCUCGUCUGCCCACCCCUCCACAAACGAGAAAUCAACUGGGGAAUCAGAACCCGGACUCCUCCACACUCUCAUUUCAUUCUUGGGUCUGGGAGGUGCUGGGAGCCGGACAUGGCACCUUCCAGAAGAUAGCAGACGCCCACCUAGCAGCGGAAAUAUCAACUGGAUGCCUAUGGGCCAUUGGGAUGAUCAGGAACUCUCCCAGAUCGACACUGUCACUCGCGGUGCCCCGCGAUUGAGCAGCGAUGAUAGCUCCAAGGACUCUAAGACUUCCAAGUCUACUGCAGACGGUGUGGAUGGUGAUGACUUUGUUAUUGGAGUGCAAGACUGGCGAGACCCCGAUCUUGUGGCUACGAGAAGUAACGAUGUUCCAGUCCCCACCAAUACCGCUGCAUCGGACGGAUCUAAGCCGCAGGAUAGUGAUAAAAACUCCCAGCUUACAUCCGCACAGCUGAAAGGUGGCAGCAUAACCCCAGGAAGUGGCGAGUACCACACCUUGGGGAAACCUGGCGCUUCCAAGGAAUCCAACCCCCAAAAAUCGGACUCAAAGCCCCCUACACGUAUUGAUUCUGACGAAAGCUCUGGCAAAAAAACAACCUGGCUUAGUCGACAUUUCCUUCGGGGGAAGAAUAACCGACCACAGUCGGUGGGGUCUACGGAUGAAAAGGAAAAGAGCUCUCCCACUGAGCGCACAAUUCGCGAGGUGUCUUCUAAAGUCAAGAGAGAGGCCCAGACUGAGGAACGAGAGGGUUUAUGGGUUACACUCACGCCGACGAGCAUGUCUACCAGCCCUUUUUUCGACACACUUCUUGUCCUGGUUGUCAGCCCAUUGCUUACCUUGACUGUGGUUUACAUUCUUCUGCUGCUCCGGUCUCGUAUCCGGCGACGACGCUGGCGAGCACCCAAAUCUCUGGUUGACCGCCUUCCAGUGAGAACUUACCAUACAAUUUCCUCCUCAUCCUCGUCAGCUAGCUCAUUGAGAUCAUUAAGCCCCGGGCCUGUCUCACAAACAUCUCCACUUUUGGGUACUAAGAGCUCAUCGCGACGUGCACGAUCGCGACCACGUUCUCAGAGGAGCUCGAGAAUGGAGUCCGAGUCGAAUCCAAUGGAAUCCCCCAAGAGAGAAAAGCUGGGCGAUGCCUCAACCAUGUGGCGCCGGAAAUAUACCGGACGGCAGGUGGAAUGUGUGGUUUGCCUCGAGGAAUACGUUGAUGGGCAAAGCAGAGUGAUGAGCUUACCCUGCGGGCAUGAAUUUCACGCCGAGUGCAUUACUCCGUGGCUGACAACCCGGCGACGAACCUGCCCAAUUUGCAAAGGAGAUGUCGUUCGGUCUAUGGCUCAGAAUCAAUAUAUUGAGGCUCGCGAUAACAUGACCCAAAAUGACAUAUCUCACGAUUCCGACUCUGAUCACGGGGUGUCAUCGGCUCCUGUCCCGAUUAGCAACGCGAGUGAAGAUGAAAUGUCCGAUUUGGAGCGACAUGCCUCUUCUGAUCCGGGUCUCCUUGAGCGUCAUUCUUCGUCCACUCCCCCAAGUUGGCGAAACUUUGCGACUCUCAGUUUCUCUGCUCUUAGCGGAGAUACCAUUUGGCACCAAGGCAGGACAGACAAUGACAGUCUCAAGCACGGUAGCAUUCUCGACCUCGAGUCAACUUUCCAGACAAACCCCGAUAAAUGCCAGCAGACACGCUUAAGUGAACUCCAGAAACUUUACAGACACUUGCUCUGUGAUGUCUCUUUCAUUUCCAGGCCGACUCUGUCUCUUCCCCAAUCAUUAAUCAGUGAGCCAUUGCUGUACUCCGUACUCCGUCCGCAUCUACAGCAGAUCGAUGGGAAGCGCGAAACUUCCUCCAACAACCCCGUCUCAACCCAACAAAUCCAACCCCCCGGAACAAUGUCAGAUAAAGCAAAAGAAGCCCUCAUAGCUGAAGCAAACCAUGCUAGAGCCGUGGCCCAGGAUGUCGCCAUGUCAGGAGGUUAUUUCUACCCUAUCAAGGGAAUAAUCUAUUUCCUCGCCCACCGUCCGCUAUGGCAACCUCUCCUCGCCCGGUCAAUGCAAACCCUCACGCUCGGCGCCGGAAUCACCUCCGCCAUGUUCUUCUUCACAUACCUGCCCCAAAUGACCCUGAUGGCAUUUACAAGCGGCCCUCUGGCCCCGAUUUCCGCCGCCCUGCUGGUCCUCAGCGAAAGCGCGGCGCUCACGAGCUUCUUCUCGCGGUCGUUGGUUCUGCAGGACGCCCUGCUGGAUACAUUUGACGGAACCCUUGUGGCGAGAGGCGAAGAGCGGCUGGUUGCGCAGGGCCGGGAAAUCAAUCCUUCUGCUGCUUCGGCUUCCGCUUCGUCCACGAGGACCAGGCAUACUACUACUACUACUACUGCUGCGUCGGGAUUCAUGUCCCGACUCGGUAAGGUGCUGAAACGGCCAACGUCUGGGUCGGUUGCCCGGUUCCGGCCUCGCUUGUUCCUGCGCUCGUUGCUUUAUCUGCCGUUGAAUUUUGUGCCGGUUGUCGGGACGGUGCUGUAUGUUUAUGUGCAGGGGAAGAAAGUCGGGCCUGGAUUGCAUGCGAGGUAUUUUCAGCUGAAGGGGUGGGACUCCAGGAGGAGGGAGGAGUGGGUUAGCUUGAGAAGGGGUGGGUAUACAGGGCUUGGAAUUGCGUCGUUUGCGCUUGAAAUGGUGCCCUUGGCGUCGAUUGUGUUUGCGUUUACGAAUACGGUUGGGGCGGCGUUGUGGGCGGCGGAUUUGGAAAGGGCAUUGAAGUAAAACUGAUACCUGUAGAUAUACACCUUGACUUUCCUAGUCAUGUCGCUUGAAGAACUGGCAUAGAUAAAAGAGGAUGAUGAGUAUAGGGUAUUCAUAGGUAGGCGAAUGACCCUAAAAGUAGUGAUCGUCUGAAUGAGAAAAGGGGGAAAGCUAUACUCGU